AUGGAUCCUUUUGAUUUAAUUGGGGACGAGGGAAGAGGAAGCGAGGAUAUUAUUAUGCUUUCAAUUCACCCCCAUAAGUUGAUAUUCAGUAAAGAGAUGAAGAAUGAUGGAGAAAUUCUUUGUCGUUGGUGUUUGUAUCCAGUGAAGGAUGCUCACUUCAAUUGCAAAGACUGCUCUUUCUCUCUUCACAAGUCUUGUGCAGACGACGUUGUUCGAAAAUGGAGUUACCAUAGGUGGACUUCCAUUAACGAAGACGAGGAUGGAUGCAAUAAAUAUUUCAUGAAGAACAUGAGGAUGGAUGCUAUAAUAGAAGUCUAUUAUUGUUGCAUCUGUGGGGAAAUAGUCUCAGAAAGUCAUCCAAGCUAUGUAUGUCGCGACUGCGACAUGUUUCUUCACAAGAGCUGCGUCAGCGAUUUGCCAAGAGAGGUUAAGCAUGUUUUCCACCGCAAACACCUUCUUUUUCUUCUCUCCAAUUGCAAACGGUACGACACAUGUGAUCUCAAUGGUGCCUUUGUUUACUACUGCAAAUGUUGCACACUCACCCUCGACAUCAAGAGAGCUCUCCAACGACUACCAUUGUGUUUACAGGAACCGGAAAAUCACAAACAUCAAUUUAUUCCCUUUAUGAGGUCAGAAUAUUCUUUUCCCUGUGAUGCUUGUGGCCCCAGAAUUGAAAAUUUUGGGUCGUCAGGCGAAUCUUUCCUAUGCACCAUUUGUCAUAUCAUUGUUCAUGACGACUGCAUCUCACGCCCACACACAAUCAAUAUAUUGCAUCAUGAUCACCCCCUCACCCAUACUUUCUUCUUUCUACUUAAAGAUGAAGACAUUCCUCCUGUUGACCAACUAAAUUGUCGAAUUUGCCGUACCAAGUUUGACAAGGAUUUUGGAGGUUACUAUUGUGUGGACUGCCAGUUUGUUACCCAUGUGGGCUGCGCGAUUGAAAAUCAGAUUUCAACAAAUAACUCAAUCGUGAAUGCUAAAGAAGCAAAUGUUGAUUUGGUCAGGGAGAUUGAGUUGACGGAAGAUGAAUUCCCCCGACAGAUUAAGCACUUCAGUCACGAGCACAAAUUAAGUCGUAGUGAUGAGAUGGAGUAUAAAUGUUGUGAUGGCUGCAUCCGACCUAUCUCACAUCCAUUUUACAGGUGCGUGGAGUGUGGCUUUUUUCUCCACAAGACCUGUAUUGACUUGCCAAAUCAAAUAAGACCUGUUUUUCAUGACCACCCCCUAACCCUUCUUCCGAGAGGGCCUGAUGACAAUGGUACUUUCCGAUGUUCUUGCUGUUAUUCGGAUUGCCAUGGAUUCGUAUAUGCUAGUGAAGAAUGCAAAAACUUCUAUGUUGAUGUUCGAUGUGCAUCAAUCCCACUAAAUAUUAGACAUCCUGGUCAUGAUCACAGACUCUCUUUCACUCGUAUACCCAGUCAUAAUAGAUAUUGCUACUCUUGCAGUUCCAAAGCUGAAUAUCUAUUUCAAUGCAAUGAGUGUCCAUUUGACAUAGAUUAUAGAUGUGCUACACUAUCGUCUACAGUUAGAUAUUGGGAUCAUGAACAUCCUCUUGCGCUCACCUAUCAUACAAAUGAUGAUGGUUCUGAUGCCUAUUAG